AGUGCAGGGGCAGGAAGAGCCCGCUGGCGGCCGGUCUUUCAAGUGCUUGUGUUUACAUGGUUUGUUUUCCUCCCGUGAGCUUCGGUCAGGUGCGGCUGAAGGAUAAUUGUUCUUCUGCUGCGCUUCUGGAUGUGUGACACCCGUAUUAGUGUUCCAAGCUUCGAUGUCCGUACAGGAAUAUUAGCAGUAAAAGUGUCGUGGUGAAUUACGCGGCUCGUUUUGCCUUUCACAAGCUCUUUGUCCACACGCUGUAAGGUGCUUAUAAUAAUGUCUGUCCACAGGAGGUGUGGGAUACAUGUGUUUACAUGAGGCUUUUGCCCUGUCUCAGCAUUUCUGUUUUUAAGUCGUUAUGAAAGGGAGGUGAUUUUUCAGAAGAGUUUUGCUUGUGGACUACAGAUCUCUUUGUGACAAGCAGCCAUCCGUAUGCCCGAGUAAAACCUUGAGAUUUUAGUGAGCAUAAGUUUCUUCUCUGUGUCUGAAGGUCUUUCAUAAUGAAAAAACAGUGGAAAACAUAUGUGGCAGAUGUAGACUAGCUGCUCUUGAGUACAGCUAGGUCUACCAGCUGUAACUCCCAUACAGAAUUUCAGUUGGAUCAGUAACUGCUGUCACUUUGACUUAGUAGUGAAUGUGGCUAAAGCAAAAAUUUUAAUCCUGAGUUAGCAUAUAACCUUGUUCCUUUUUGCCUAAUACGUAUCUUUCUGUAGUUUAAGACAGAAAUUGGAAGGGUGUUACUGUGUGCCAUGUGUAGGAAUGGAAACUGGAAUAAUGUGUGCUUAACUGUUGAAAUUUGUACUUCAAACAGUAUUGUAGAGGAACUGAUAGUAGUUUGGGUGAGAUUGCUAUCUUCUGCAAUGUAGAAGUCAUACAGAUGUUCUCCAGAUUUUCUGCACUUAGGCAUGCACAGGUAUUAAAUGCUUAUUUUCACAGCAUUCUCAACAGUGAUAUCUGAGGAGUAUCCAGAUUAUGGAACUUCCUGUAAUAAAGGUGACUUAAUCUUCUGGGGUGUCAGCAGAAAAAGUGGACAGCGUUGUAGUUUAGUUAUAAGUUAAUUUUUAUUUUGUCCUCUCCAUACUCAAUGUGAACAGUCAUCAUAAAAUGGAUGCUUUGGGCAGUGUCCUUCCUCCUGUGGCUGGAAAUGGUGAAACAGCCGAUCUUCAAGAAUUGCAUAAACUUCUGAUGAAUACAAAAAUGCGAUGUGAACACCACAAAGCAAAUUAUCAAACUUUAAAGGCAGAACAUCUAAGACUACAGGAGGAAUAUACAAAAUCACAAGAUGAACUGAAGCAGUUGUUAGUUGAAAAGCAGACUGUACAUGAAAAAUUUCAGCAGCUUCUUGCUGAAUAUCAGGAGGAAUUGCUGGGUAAAACACAAGAGUUGGAAAAAAUGAAGAUGCAGGUGCUAACUCCUCAAAAAUUAGAACUGUUAAAAGCACAAAUACAGCAGGAAUUGGAGCUGCCUAUGACAGAACGUUAUCGAAAGCUGGAAAAUGAAGUGGAAAAAUACAGAACAGAAUAUAACAAACUUCGUUAUGAGCAUACUUUUCUGAAAUCAGAAUUUGAACAUCAAAAGGAAGAACAUGCGCAUAUUUUAGAAGAGGAGAAGAUAAAAUACGAGGCUGAGAUUGCAAGACUGGAUAAAGAUAAAGAAGAACUCCAUAAUCAGCUGCUUAGUAUUGAUCCCACAAGGGACAGUAAACGCCUGGAAGCACUCUCCAGAGAAAAGGCACAACUGCAUCAGAAAUUAAAAGGCUUAGAAGCAGAAGUAGCAGAACUAAGAGCAGAAAGAGACAAUUGUGGCGUGCAAGCAGAAAGUGUUCAAAGAGUACAAAUGCGACAGUUAGCAGAGAUGCAGGCUAUGACAAGGUCUCUAGAGGCAGAAAAGAAGUCUUCUGAAAUACAGAUUGAUCGACUUGAGAAAGAACUGCAGAUGAGUCAUGAGCAGAACAGUCUUUUAACUGGUAAACUUGACAAAUCUGAACUCGAAGUCAAUUCCUUAGCUGCUAAAGUAGAAGAACUUAAAAAUUCUCAUAAAUCGGAAAUAGCAAAUGUCAAACUGGAGGCAGCAAGAACAAAGAGUGAGGCAGAAAGAGAGAGAGACAAGAUUCAAAGUGAAAUGAGUGGAUUGCUGUCAGACAAGGAAAUUCUUAAGGCAACUGUUGAACGUCUUAAGGCACUUUUAGUAGAAAAGGAUCGGGAGCUAAUUCGUAAAGUGCAAGCUGCCAAAGAGGAAUUUUUUGAAAAAAAUGCAGCCUUACAGGAGGAAAAGUUAGAACUCGAGAAUAGAUUAGCUGAUCUAGAGAAGGUGAAACUGGAACAAGAAGCUUGGAGACAAACUGAGAAGGAACAGUAUGAAGAGAAACUAUGUGUUGCAGAGAUGGCAGAAGAAUCUGCCAAGAAGGAACUUCAGCGUUUGAGAUUAAAAAUUCAACAGCAAGCUAAUCAGGCAGAGGAGUUGGAAGAAAAGAAACGUGAAAUUGCUGAUCUGAAGCAGCAAAUUCAUGACAUGCAACUCCAGGUUGCCUCACUUUCUCAAUCAGAAAAUGAUGUGCUGGAGUCUAAUCAGAAGUUGAAGGAAAUAAUAGAGCGCUUGAAACAAGACUGUCAACAUGCAAGGACUCAGGCAGAAAAAGCUCAGCUGGAAACAGAGAAGACUUUAGAAUACAAACGCAUGGAAUGGCUUGAGGAGAAGCAUGUGCUUACUCAGCGCAUCAGUGAGAAGGAAGAGAAAUACAAUGAAAUGAAGAAUAAGCUACAUCGAGCUGCUGUUGCUCAGAAAAAGAGAAAGACUCUCACUGAUAAUAAACAAAGGAGGAUGCGAGAGAAACUGCAACUUUUGGAAGCCAAGAUGCAAGAGCUAGAAAAAGAAAAUCAGGUGCUAAAUAGGCAGAACGUUUCCUAUGAAGAAUAUGCACGUCUCCAGAGGAGACUGAAGGAUUUGCAACGUAGGCACAAUGAAUUCCGGACAUUAAUCCUGAGCCCUAACAUACCAUCACUCAGUCCAGUCAGUAUCAUAACAUCUGCCUUGCCUCCUGGGCCUGAAGUGUCCUUCCAACUUCUACAGGAGGAACAGCAUCAAAGAGAGCUUUCCCUGCUACGCAAGCGGUUGGAAGAACUAGAAACCACGCAGAGAAAACAGCUGCGAGACCUGGGACCACCUUGGGAGGCAGCAACAGUGGGCAUAUCCAGGCACCUGGCCAGAAAUAAUGGCAUUGGAGAUGGCCUUGCACCAAGUGAGGACUCCACAUGAAAUCUGCAAACUGUUAGGUUUGAAAAGCUUACCCUUUGCAUGUGCUUUUGAUACUUUGCCAAAAACAUGUUUGGAUGUGCCUGAGUAGUAUAAAAUAUGGUCUGUAUCAUUUUGUAUUUAUUUUGGAUAGACUGUCAUCAGUUAUCAAAUGUAGUGGUUCAAAAGCACUGAAAGAUUAACUACAUUUGGAAAUGCUUUUAUAUAAAUGUAAAAGUAAGUGGAAGUUCAAACAUAUGAAAUAAUCUCAUUACAUGAAACUUCAGAAGACAUUUAUCAAGGUUUGGAUGGUGCUGAUAUUUAAAAUGAAUUAUUUUUUUUUUUUAGGUAAAUCCUUUAAAAUCUGUUCUUACUCCUUCAAUGUAGAAGUUACUGUAUCAGUUUGGAGUUUUGCUGGUUUGAUUGUUAACAGUGCUGUAAUCCACAUUUGGAUUGUUAUGCCCAAGUUCCCAUGCAGGCAGAGAAGAUGUAAUGAAGUGGAAAAAGUGCUGAAAACUUUCAUUUGGUACCCUUGAACAUGUGCCUCUUGUAUUUUUGUAAUGGGAAUAAGCAAUAAUCAGGUUUUUUCAUGUAAUAGAGAUGAAGUACAACACAUUGCCCUCAUACAAUGAAAAUGUGAGUUUGUAUUUGUUGCUACUGUAAAUUGAUUGCUUUACUACAAUAGAAUUAUUUAUUCAAGGUUGAAUGUAUUUCUUUAAAAUUGUAGGGUUUUUUCCUUCAUUAUCAGCUUAGUAACAGAAACUUGUAAAGCAUCCAUUCUUUUUUUAUACCUUGAUAGUGAAAACUUCCAUGGAAGUGUAAGAAUGA